AUGACAGACCAAAACAAAGGAUCACAAAAAACCUACAAGGAGGCUGCAGGGGAGUACUACAACCAGAAGUACGAGACAUGGAUGCCAUGGAUCGAGGAUCAGUACCUGAAGUGGUUCACCAAGGAUAACAAGGCUUCUUACGCUACCAAACAGAACCUCGACAAGACCAAAGUCACAGGCGUAUCCCAGGUCGACAACCUCCAAGACGGUGUGAACGGCCUCGUCGGCGGCCAAGUUGGCAAAGGAGGAAUCGCACAACCCCUCGGUGACGCCGUCUCCAAAGAGGGUAUCAAUCGUGCUGAACGCGGCGGCAAGGAUGAACAAGGCAAGCCCAUCGAGGGACAAGGCCCACUGGGUGGCUAUGGCCAGAGUGCUGCGGAUGGAGUGAAGGGUGGUGCGAGCAGUGUUGCAGGAGGCGCGAAGAGCGCUGGGGGUUACAUUGGAGGCAUGUUUGGUGGUGGUAAGGGAGAGCAGAAGAAGUAG